AUGCAUAUACUUCUCUUGGGUCUUAUUCUCUCAUUCCACUCGGUCAGGUCACUUGAAGUCUUUGGAUCCUCUGGAGACCUUCAUAUUGUUAACAAGGACAUCGCGCCCGACGGUGUCACACGUUCGACUAUACUCGCUGGUGGCGUAUUCCCGGGUCCCCUGAUCAGCGGGAACAAGGGAGAUCAGUUUCAUAUCAAUGUAGUCGACGAUUUAACCGAUACGAGUAUGGGUGUCAGCACCAGCAUCCAUUGGCAUGGUAUAUUUCAACACGGAACGAACUAUGAAGACGGCUCUGCUUCCGUGACGCAGUGCCCAAUUCAACCCGGCGACUCAUUCCAAUACGAUUUCAGCGUCCCGGACCAAGCUGGAACGUUUUGGUAUCAUUCCCAUGUCGGAGUGCAGUACUGUGAAGGUCUCAGCGGCCCGUUCGUCGUGUAUGACGGUCCAAAUGGCGUAAAUGAUCCUCACCGCGCUUUAUACGAUGUGGAUGACGGCAGCCCAUCUAGGUACCAUGACACCGCUAGACAGGUAGCCGACACUUUGCUUGCUCCCUUGGCGAAUUCUACGCUGAUCAAUGGAAUGGGCCGAUUCUUUGAGAACCUAUGCUCACAGCCCACUGCUCCUCUCGCCGUGAUAACCGUAUCUCCUGGAAAGCGCUAUCGAUUCCGAGUCAUCUCGAUCUCUUGUGACCCUAACUUUACUUUUUCAAUCGACGGACAUAACCUCACUAUCAUCGAGGCUGACGGCGUCAAUACACAGCCGCUGACCGUAAAUUCAAUUCUGAUACUUGCCGCUCAGAGGUAUUCCGUCAUCUUGGAAACAAAUCAACCGGUAAAUAACUAUUGGAUGCGUGCCGAACCCGACGCUGCUGGUCCUCAAGGAUUCGAGGGCGGUAUUAAUUCGGCGAUUCUUCGUUACGAAGGCGCUCCCGACGCAGAGCCCACGACCUCCAUGCAGGCAAACAUCAUCCCCCUUAACGAAGUCGAUCUGCAUCCACUUGAAUCUCCCGGAGCGCCAGGAAUACCCGUUCCUAAUGGUGCUGAUGUGGUGCUGAAUUUCACCCUCGGAUUUGAUGGUGGGCUCUUCUUCAUGAACGGCGUGCGAUUCAUUCCUCCAAGUGUUCCCGUGCUGCUCCAAAUCCUUAGCGGCGCUCAGCGGGCUCAGGAUCUACUGCCACAGGGAAGUGUUUUUGAUCUGCCGCUGGGAAAGGUCAUCGAAAUCAAUUUAUUUGGGCACAACGCGCUGGGAGAUCCCCACCCCUUCCACCUUCACGGACAUGCUUUCGAUGUAGUAAAAAGUGCCGGCAGCAAUUUCUAUAAUUUCAUUGAUCCAGUUCGCCGAGACACAACAGGAGUGAUCCAGGGUAGGACCACGACAAUCCGAUUCACGACAGACAAUGUUGGUCCUUGGUUCUUGCACUGUCACAUCGACUUUCACCUUGACGCCGGUCUGGCCGUCGUUCUGGCCGAGGGAGUUGAGGAAGUUAGCAGCGCGCUCCAUCCCGUAUCUGCUUGGAACAAUUUAUGUCCCAGCUAUAUGAGCAGUAAUAUUUCUACAGCCCAAGAUUAA